AUGCAUCAUAGUGUCGAGUCGAAAGGGUCGCAUAGCACGUCCUGGCUGCAGCCCAUGGAGCCAGACCGCCUGACCAAUGGGGACGCCGCCAGCGACGACGAGGACCGCAGCGUGGGCGGCAGCGACGUGGCCGACGACGUGCUGCACCUGGGCCACGACGACGACUCGCGGGACUCGAACCGGCGCACGGAUGGGGACUCUCCCGCCGUGACGCGCGGCCCCGGGCAGCCCAGCAGGCCGUCCACCUCGCCGUCGUCCGGCAUCAGCAGCCACGUGACCUCGUCGGCCGGGGCGUCGCUCGGCGGCAGCCCCGCCACGGGGGCGCCCACGCCGAACCUGAGUGCCAUCGCCGCCCUGCAGGCCGGCCAGCUGUCCCAGAUGAUGGGACUCAACCCCCAGAGCCAACACCUCCUGCUGCAGAGCCAGCUCGCCUCCGCGGCGGGGGCGGCGGGGCUGCCGGCGUCCUUAGCGGGGCUGGCGCCCCAGGAGCUGCAGGCCGUGCAGCAGCAGUUGCAGCAGCACCACCAGCAGCUCCUGCAGCAGCUGCUGCUGUUCCAGCAGGCUGGGCCGCAGAUGCCGGCGCAGGCGCAGUUCUUCCUGCAGAACCAAGUGCAGCAGUCGGUGCAGCAGUCCGUGGCGCAGGCGGCGCAGCAGCUACAACAGCUACAGAAGCAGGGCGCCGCGUCGCCGCCCGCCAGGCUCAGCUCGUCGUCGUCCGCCAGGUCGUCGGGCUCCUCGGCGGCGCGCGACUCGGACGCGUCCGCCAGGGACAGCCCGCCGUCCGCGGCCACGCUGCAGCAGCUGAGGGCGCAGCUCCGGGGGCAGCUGGGAGGCGCCCUGCCCGGCCAGCUCACCCCUCUGGCCAGCAAGCAGCCGCAGCCCCGCGCGCUGGAGCCCGCCCUGGAGGAGACGACGGACCUGGAGGAGCUGGAGCAGUUCGCCAAGGCCUUCAAGCAGCGGCGGAUCAAGCUUGGCUUCACGCAGGGCGACGUCGGGCUGGCCAUGGGCAAGCUGUACGGCAACGACUUCUCCCAGACCACCAUCUCGCGGUUCGAGGCGCUCAACCUGUCCUUCAAGAACAUGUGCAAGCUGAAGCCGCUGCUGCAGAAGUGGCUGGAGGACGCCGACAGCAGCAUGGCCAACCCCAACUCGCUCAACAACCCCCUGACCACGCCCGAGGCCAUCGGGCGUCGCCGCAAGAAGCGCACGUCCAUCGAGACCAACGUGCGCGUGGCGCUGGAGAAGGGCUUCAUGGCCAACCCCAAGCCCACGUCGGAGGAGAUCUCCAUGCUGGCCGACAGCCUGGGCAUGGAGAAGGAGGUGGUGCGGGUGUGGUUCUGCAACAGAAGGAGAAGAGAAUCAAGCUUGACGUUCCCGGCAUGGGCUGCGCAGACCAGGACUUCCCCCUGGACCUCCUCCAGCCCCGGGAACAGUCCUCCUCCUCACCCCUCGGGCCCCACGGCGCGGAUGCCGCCCUCGACCUGGCAAGAUAGCCGCCGGCGUCCGGAGGGCCCCAGGCCGGGCCCCAGGCCGGGCCCCAGGCCGGGCCCCAGGCCCCUGGAGGGCCCCCGCACGUCCCCCUCAGCAUACCCAGCUACCUGCCCUCCACAUAUCGAGUGGCGGGGCGUUCGUCUGCCGCGGGCCCCGCCGGCCCCGCCCCGCCAGUCAUGGACGGACGAAGCCCCACCAACUAAAGUUCCUCUCCACAGUACCAAAUAAUGUAUUACUGAGAGAUACCCCCAGCGACCCGCUGGCUGGCGGUAGCUUAGAGUGUAGCGACACUGCCUGCCCCCCGAGUGCGCGGCUCCGGGCGCCUCCCCAUCGAGCGCGGGGAGGCCCUUGAUCUCGCCCUGUUGGUGCCUCCCCGCCCCGUCCCCCUCCUCCCCGGCGCGCCGCGCCCGCCCCGCGCCGACUCGAAGUCCCCCUGUGAGCGGACCUCUCUCUGUCGGGGUGGUCGCGGCCCCGCCCCUCCCCUUCCCUCUUCUGCCCCGGAACGGUGUCCACCCCGCGGGCGGGCAGUGUGUUAUGUUAUAUUUGCGUCAACUUUGUUUUCUUAUCCGUUCCUCUGCCACUUUCUGGACGUCGGCUUGACCGCGCGUGCAGCCGGCCUGACUCGCCGGCGCUCGCGUCGUUCAGGCAUUUCCCCGUCUCUAGGUUCAGUCACCCAUGUGUUAAGGUAAGCUCUACUCCUGGGUCUAGCCCGUUUAAUUUUAAGUUUCCAUAUCUUUUGUGAUUCGGGACGAGUGGGAGGAACGCCCGAGAGUUGGAAGAAGUGUCUAGUUCUAUAUGACUGAUUUGUUGUUUUCAUAUGUUUAUUAUUACUAUAAAACUAUUAUUACUGUUUUUAAUCUACGGCCCUAAGCACACAUUCGUGAUACGCAUAGGUAUACUGCGAAAUGUGAUUUAUGUAUUUUGCCACUGUCAUUUGUCCGAAUGUGAAACCAAAGUUUGUUUACCUAAAAUGUAUACCUCACUCGUUAAAAGAAUAUGCUGCUUCCAAGACUGCAAUGUAUUCUAUAGUUCGUGGUUUAUUCGUUUAUUGGAUCUUAUCACGCAUUUUAAUCAGCAACAACGCGUUCACAAGUUCAAGUUAAUUGUCAAUAACUCAUUCAUCUUCUCAAUUUUGAAAAAUAUUGAUACUUUUCUGAACUUUUGACUUAAAUUCAUCAUCACGCCACCAUUUGGCUGGUCAUUGAGUAUUAACUAUCUUCCAUUGGUGUUAAUUCUCUUAAAGAAAGUACGAAAAUUGUUGUUUUGUUUUGCAUAUUAAGUUAGCAAAAUUCUUCCUAAAAGACAGAAUAAGCGUUAGAAACUUUAUGUAUAGUGCAAUUUAAUUUGUGUACAUGAUUUGUAUAUGUGAUAUUUAAAUGUUUGAGGCAAUUCGUCUCUAGCUAUACGCAUUUUAUUUGGUCAUUUAGAGAAUGUUUAUUUAAAUUAUAUUUCUGGUAAGAAUGUACGGUAUAUUUGUUCCUACCUCUCGCGAAGUUGUUGCUGCAACUUGUUCUCAGCAUAGCAGCAGGAACUAUCAAAGUACAGGGUAACAAAGUCAUUAUAUACGUAUGUGUGUAUGUAUAACUUGUAUGUACUGUGUAUGUAAUGUAAGUAUGUAUAAUCGGUGUGGCCAUGAGUUUUGUGUUAAAUAGCUCCUUUAAAUAUGUAGACAAUGCAAGGCUCAUUUCUACUGUAAUUUUGUUUUGAAAAUGAUCAAAUACAUGCAUUUUGAUUAUUCA